UUGCAGUCACAUGACGUCGUGUGGUCACAUGAUCUUAAAUUUCUUUCUUUGCUCUUCAUUAAAGGCUACAGGAGAUUGAAGUAAAGCGCGGAAAUGGCUGACAGGCAAGAAAACCAAAGGCUUUUAAGUGAAAAUGGACAUGAUGGUGGAAGCAGAAGACGCAUGUCCCCGUUUUGUGACCCGAAUCAUUUACUCCACCGAAUUGUCGUCCUUGUUUUUAUGUGUUUUCUGGGAUUCGGAAGCUACUUCUGUUAUGAUAACCCGGCUGCUCUUCAGAAACAAGUCAUCCAGGAUAUGCAGUUAAACACCUCCAAAUUCAUGCAGCUUUAUGCCUGGUACUCAUGGCCCAAUGUAUUUCUCUGUUUCCUGGGAGGAUUUUUGUUGGACAGGGUAUUUGGCAUCAGGUUGGGGACAGUCAUCUUUGCACUCUUUGUGUGUGUUGGGCAGGUCAUAUUUGCCCUCGGUGCUUUGGUCAACCAUUUCUGGUUGAUGGAAUUUGGGCGCUUUGUUUUUGGUAUUGGAGGAGAGUCUUUGGCUGUGGCUCAGAACACAUACGCAGUGAAUUGGUUCAAAGGAAAGGAGCUUAACCUGGUAUUCGGACUGCAGCUCAGCAUGGCGAGAGUGGGCAGUACAGUGAACAUGAACAUCAUGAGCUGGGUGUAUGAUCAAAUGACAGACUCACUGGGCUACACCGGUCACUUUGCUCUCGGAGCUGCGCUCAUGAUCGCGGCUUUGACAUGUGUCUUAUCUCUGAUCUGUGCUCUCCUAUUGGCCUACUUUGACAAGCGGGCAGAGAGGAUUCUCAACAAGGAGCAGGGAAAGACUGGUGAAGUGAUCAAGCUGAAGGAUGUAAAGGACUUCCCUUUUCAACUGUGGAUGAUCUUCAUCGUCUGUGUGGGAUAUUAUGUGGCCAUCUUCCCCUUUAUUGGCUUGGGACAGGUUUUCUUCAUUGAGAAGUUUAACUUCACUCCGACCCAGGCAAGAGCAAUCAACAGCAUUGUGUACAUCAUCUCAGCUCCAGCCUCCCCUGUGUUGGGUUUCAUGGUGGAUAAAACGGGCAAGAACAUCACAUGGGUUCUGUGUGCUGUGGUCACCACGCUGAUUGCUCACAUGAUGUUGGCUUUUACUUUCUGGAAUCCCUGGUUUGCUAUGGUCCUUUUGGGUGUGUCAUAUUCACUGUUGGCCUGUGCUCUCUGGCCAAUGGUGGCCUUUGUAGUGCCAGAACACCAACUGGGCACGGCAUAUGGAUUUAUGCAGUCCAUACAGAACCUGGGUUUGGCACUUAUCUCCAUGGCAGCAGGAGCCAUUCUCGACAGCAAGGGUUACCUCUUCCUGGAGGUCUUCUUCUGUGCAUGCAUCUGCUUGGCUCUGAUAGCAGUGGUGAUGCUUUACUUUGCGGACUUUGUCCGAGGUGGAGAACUGAACCUUUCGGCCUCUGCCCGAGCCAGACUCCAGAAGGGCUCAUCUGCUGAGUCAGAGUGAUAGCUGUUCAGUCCACUGGCUCCACCCUUCCUGCUGUGAUCUGUCUCACUGGACAACACUCCCUGUCAAUCACCCACCAAUGGGCAUUUCUGCACUACUUACUCCUCUUCGUCACACUGACCACUCUAAUCCCAACACAGGGGUAUAGGGCCCGCUCAAAUAGCCUUCUACCCGCAAAUAGAACUUUUAAUAAUCACUGCUGUGUUAAAAGUAGGAUUGGGAUAUUGUACAGGCUGAGGAGAGGAGGAUGGAUUCGAUUUGGCUGGUUGGGUCAUGCCAGAGAGGAUGUCCUGCCACUCUAACUCCACCUCAGGGCAGCUGGCACUCAGUCAUGGACACUGAAAAUACAACUUCCUUUUUACUCUCGGUAUCAUUUAGCGCCGGUUCUUUCCACAGACCUUUGCACUGGUGAAUCUUCACCCACUGGAAAACUUACUGGGAUGUAGCUAAUGCUUUCUAUUCACGGGUUCACAACACCCUACAUUUUGGUACCUCACCCCCUGUGAGAAGCCAUGUUGUGGCUCUUCUGACUUUUACAUGACCUCACUUGACAGAUGAGUCGGGUGUUUUUAUUCCUGGUUUUAUCUUUUUUUUUUUUUUUUUUUUUUUUUUUUUUUUUUUUCCCUUUUAAUUAUUAUUAUUAUUAUUAUUAUUUUUAAAUAUUAAUUAUGAUUUGUUUUCUCUCUUCAACCUAGGGUGCAUUGCUUUCAAACAAUUUUUAAAUUUUGUUUCACUAUAAAUAGUGACCUUACAAUUGCAUGUAGAAAUCAACAUGCGUAGUAUCUAUUCCACAGUAUUUAUGUUCUCUGCGUAUAAUCUACAUGGUAUUGAUCAAGAAGACUGGAUUUUUAUUUGCAGAAAACUGCAAAUAAUAUGACAGUAAUUAUACAAGCUUUAUAUUUUUUGUUAAUUGGAGCAAAAAAGAUUUCUAGCAUAUCAGCAGUCUUUUAAAUAUUUUAGACUUUGGGACAUUUACCAUGGCUGUUUGUCAAUUUGGGAAUUUUCUUUCUUUCUUUCUUUUUUUUUUUUUUUUUUUAAUUUGUGCAUCCCUGUUAAAGUUCCUUCAAACUUAUUGCUUUACUAACUAGCUGGCAGAAGGAAGUAAUGAAGAUAAAUCAGCCCUCAUGUUAGAUGUAAUAAUAACCUUAAACAGCUUCAUCCUUCUUAUUUGCUGUAGUGGUUUCUGGAUAGGUUGUACUCCUGAAGGCUUCUUGAUUACUAGCUAAGAAACUAGGGUGUUCUAGGGGAUAUAGCUAGGGGAUAUAGCAAGGGGAAGUCAAUGAGGGUGUGUUAAUAACAGUAAUGGAAUGGUAACCCCCCCCCCCACACACACACACACACACACAAAAAAAACCAUGUAUCCAAGAUGUUCAGUCAUAUUCGCUUUGGAAUCUGACAAAGAAACUUUGUGAUUUUUGCACAGAGCACUUAUUGCCAACUGGCUUGCCUUUAUUAUUAAAAUUGUAGUAUACUUUUAAACAAUCAAAUAGCGUCUUUCCCAUUCUAAUGACUAGGAUUGCUUUGCCAUUGGGACAGUAAUCUUGGAUCAAUACACUUUUUGGCUUCACACUAAUCAUUGCCAGUGAACUUCUUUUUGCCUUGUAGCAUAAUGAUGAAUGCCCAAACCUCUGACAGAAUCUACCCUGUGUUCUGUGGGAGAGGAAUAAUAGUGGGUUGUUUUCAAACUUGUCAGUAGUCCCAUUGGGAUUGAGCUUUUAUCUUGCUGUUAAUCGUUUAAUAUGGAAACGAGUUACUGCAGUAGGGACUGUCUAAUGAGUUUGAUUAAAGACCUUUGUGAAAUGUUUGUAAGCAUGAGGGGCUCCCCAUUGACAAAGUUUAAACCCUUUGAUAUGAUGUUACUUGUUGAGUCAUGUUCAUGGUUCACACUGAAACUCAUUGCCUCAGGAAGAGGGUCUGGAUUAGAUAGUGCAGCUUUUUGUAUUCAAAGGUGGCCUCAAGUCUGAUCUAGAGAAAUUAAAUUAAUCUUAUUUUUGUACUGUAUAAACUAUGAGGGUUGGAAGAACAAAUAAAAGAUAGUGAUUUUGCAUUG